AUGAGGAAGGAUACACCAGGGAGGAUACAGGAAGGAUACAGGGAUACAAGGAUGAAGGGAGGAUACAGGAAGGAUACAGGGAUACAAGGAUACAAGGAUGAAGGAGGAUACAAGAAGGAUACAGGGAUACAAGGCAGGGAGGAUACAGGAAGGAUACAGGGAUACGAGGAUGCAGGGAGAUACAGGAUACAAGGAUACAAGGAUGAAGGGAGAGGAUACAGAAGGAUACAGGGAUACAAGGAUGCAGGGAGGAUACAGGGAUACAAGAUACAAGGACUGAAGGGAGGAUUUACAGAAGGAUACAGGGGAUACAAGGAUGCAGAGGAUACCAGGAGAGAGGAUACAGGGAUACAAGAAGGAUACAGGAAGGAUACAGGGAUACACGGAUACAGAGAGGGUACAAGUAGGAUACAUGGAGGAUGCAGGAGAGAAUACAAGAAGGAUACAAGAAGGAUACAGGAUGGAUAA